AUGCCGCUCGAACUUGUGGCCGACACUCAUGACCACUCUCAGUGCACGCACACUACGGCGGUAGACGAACUCCUCAUUGGAACGCCAUCAGUCAUAUCGCUGGUGAAGGUGAUGACGUUGCUUUGCCCGCACAUGAUUUCAGGAGCAAACUGGAGGGCCCAUGACGCUGAACUUGAAAAGCUCUUCCUCAAAUGCAAGAAGAAGGGGUCCGUGGCAGAUAUGCGACGGCUUAUGAGUGCAGCCAUCAUUGUCCACGAUCGAGAGAUGAGAGCGAGAGCUCGUGCAUCUAUAGACAUCCAUAACGCAUUCAGAGAUUCCUAUCAGGGAGAGGGUCAUCAAGCCCUGUUGGCCAUGAUAGAUUCUUAUUGCGAAUUAGGGCCAGCAAAAGCUAUUCCACCCUACAACUACUCGAUAGACAUGCUUCGAUCCUCCGGUAUGGGCAAGUCUCGUACGGUCGACAUCGCAGCGCGAAAGCGGUUUGCGUUUCUUCUCAAUCUGCGGGACCCCGGGUCGGUCGGUACUUUCUCUUAUCCACCUACCGACAUCGCUGUGCGAGAAUUUUUUUCGCACCUGCACUCCACCGCGCUUUCGGACUCCCAGGUUCAGCUUCGAUUGGGCGCAUUCUUCAUUGCUCUUUUCCGAAAGGCAACGACUGAGCUCAAGAGGUUCCGGCCCACGACUGCAGACGACACCGCGCAAUGGUGGCACACUCGGAUGGAAGAAGGUAGUUCUGCAGAGAGAGUCGGGACUAGACGGGCGGCGUUGUAUGAAGAGGCGAUCGACGAUGCGGAAACGAUCGUGAAAUCCGGAGGCUUCCAUAUUAAAAGCGCGCAAGAGUUACUGGAGACAAGCUGCCAAGGCCUCUUGGACGCACUCGAGGAUGCACGAAGCGAGGGCUCGCCAGUCACUCCUGUCAAGUUUUACAUAUCCAUCGACGAGGCACAUGUUAUGACGGGGAAGUUGAGGUACUUCCCCCAUGCACGCACCGUGUAUCAAAACCUGGGCACGUCUCAGCUACAAGAACUGGCUGUGCCAGCAUAUUUACAGUCUUCCUUUCGCGUGGAGCAUGGCACUAUGCUUUCCCCCCCUUUCACAGAGCUCUCAUUCGAUACGUUCGCGACUGGUCUGUACACCAGCCUCAAGGAGCAGAGUCUGAAUGAGCCGGUCUCCCUCAACUCGCACGAGCCAUCGGCGGGAGAUGAUCUGAGCCUGACUGCGAAAAUGGCCUGCCUCUCCGUGCGCAUCCUGCUCGAUUUCGAUUCGGUCGACGAAACUGGACGAGCCACCGUCUCUGAGCUCGUGGAGUGGCACACGCGCGUCGUGUUUGCAGUUCCCAAGCACCGCCAAUUCAUGCGCACGAGAACGCCGUCGGAGCCCAUCCUCGCAGAGACUGCAGCGAGGUUCCUUAACAUCGACCGUCAUGGAGAAAUGCAGCUUCGGAUCGAUGAACUAGGAUAUCUGGCCCUUAGUGAACGCGGGGAAAUGGUCACUCGCCUCCUGUGGAUCAUCGCACAUGACAAGGCCAUCGAGUCGAUGUAUGGCAUGAAUGUAUCGGAGGGCUACCUCCGAUUCCACAGACCCAUCUCCGUCAUCGCCUUUCUCAAGUCUCUCUUUCACGAGGAUCACCACAAGGAGAUCCUGAACGCGACACCAGUUGGCGGUCCCAAUGGUGCCUCUCUCGAGGAAACAUUCAAAGACGCCUAUUUGAAUUUCACUCACUUUGCCUUGGCUGCCGAUAGCGAGGUUCUUCGAGCAUCACAGAUCUUUCAACUGCUUCUUCGAGGCACUGCUAUCCAAUGCCGGAACAACAAAGACAUGAUCCAUCAUGUGGUGCCCAUCUUAUUUGGAGAUCCAGCCAUGACCGAAAUUUGGGAGGAUGCUGCGUUGGCCAUGCAAGGUCACAUCAAAAAUCGGAACACCCCUCGAGACGGCCUGCGGAUCAGCCCGAACAUCACCCACCCAAACCACGAUCUCCCUGUACUCUCUCUUCAACACGAACUAAGCGCCUCGUACAGCAGUGUGCGGUGCGUCGAGAGAGACUCCUACGGUGUUUGCGCGGGGCCCGACGGUCUCGAUGUGCAGAGACGGCACUGUCACAUAGUUGCGUACGGUACGAGUUCCGCGACCUAUGCGGCGAUCCCUCCCUCAACAGACGGUAUCUAUGCCUCGCUCCUGGCCCCGGCCCAUGUGAUCGACGAUUUUCCUCGAGCGAGUCUCCCGGGAUCGAGGAAGAUGCUGGAUCAGAUGCUUCCAGCUCUGCAAUACGCAGAGAGGAGUUUCUCAUGGUUUUGA